AUGUUUUCAAUUUGUGAUAAUGUUGUGCACAGACAUCAAAAAAUGUCUGUAAAACUCAAAGACAAAGACGUCUUUGAACAUGUCUUCAAAACACGCAGCCACAGACAUCAUCUUUUGAAAAAUGACUGCCAGUCAUGUCUGCGUGUUUUGGAGACAUGUUCAAAGACUUCUCAAGAAAAAUUUACUAAAAGCGCUUAUUCUUUCUUGUGUUCCAUAAUUUUUAUCAACUUUCAGUGCAAGUUACAAAAAAUUAUAGCACACUUGUGA